CCCAGGAUGGCUUCGUGGAGUCACCCCCACACCUGUUGACGACCUGCUUGCUCCUAAGACCAUGUGAAGCCUGCUGAGCCGAGCGCUGACCUCCCCAGGAACGAAAGCCGCCUGCCAGGUCACAAUGGGGAACUCCGAGAGCCAGUACACCCUCCCAGGGUCGAAAAAUCACAGCAACCCUCUCAUCAGUGCUAAACAAAAGCCUUGCUCCCUGAAAAUAUGCACCCUCCACGCAAAAGACGAGAAGUCAUUGCGUGGCUGGCCCCACGGAAGCGCCGGAGCAGGCUACAAGUCCAGGUCCCUGGCCCGAAGCUGCCUGUCCCACUUCAAGAGUCACCAGCCGUACGCCACGAGGCCCGGGGGCGCUGCGUGCAAAGUUCCCAAGGGCGCUGCCUACUCCAAGCACCGGGCCAGUGCCCCAGGGCACGACUCCCAGGGUCACGGUGCUGCGCUCUCACCGGAGAACGGUUUCCACCGCGUGGGCCACAAGCCAGAAGAUAACCGCGUCACCUCCAGGGACUGCAACGGCCACCUUUUCACCUGCUACGGGAGAAAUGACAGCAUGGUCUCUACCCCGGCAGGCGAGGCCCGUCGCAGCCCCAGGGUGCUCAUCAAAACGCUGGGGAAGUUGGAUGGGUGCCUGAGGGUUGAGUUCCACAACGGGGGCGAUCACGGUGAGGGGCCCCCGGAGGACCCGAGGGGGCCCGUGCGGCUGCUGAGGUACUCGCCCACGCUGGCAUCAGAGGGCUGCUGCCCUGCGCAGGGAGCCCGGAGGGACUCCGGCGCUGACUCCCUGGCCAGCCAGCGCCCUUCUCCUACCGACUCUCAGCUGCGCUCCAGCAAGGGCAGCUCCCUGAGCUCGGAGUCAUCCUGGUACGACUCUCCCUGGGGCAACGCCGGGGAACUGAGCGAGGUGGAGGGCUCCUUCCGGGCCCCCAGCACACCCGACCCCAGUCUCACCGCCACCUUCCCACCCACUGACACCAAAAAGCCUUUCAACCAAAGCUCUUCCCUCUCCUCCCUCCGGGAACUGUACAAAGAUGCCAACCUGGAGAGCCGCUGCCCGUCCGGCACCUGCCUUUCUUCCGACGACUACAUCGGCUCCCACGCCAGCCUGAGCAAUCGCGUGUCCUUUGCCUCAGACAUAGAUGUGCCCUCCCGGGUGGAGCACGGGGGCCCUGUGCAGUACACGUCCUUCACCCUCCCCUGCCGGAAAUCCAAAGCCUUAACCGAAGAUGCUGCCAAGAAGGACACCCUCAAAGCCAGGAUGCGACGGAUCAGCGACUGGACGGGAAGCCUCUCGAGGAAGAAGCGAAAACUCCAGGAGCCGCGGUCCAAGGAGGGCAGCGACUACUUUGACAGCCGCUCAGAUGGCCUGAACACCGAAGCGCCGGCGCCCUCUCCGGCGUCUGCCUUGCUGUGGUCCGCAGGCUCCGCUCAGGCCCUGCCUCAGAGAAGCGAAUCCACUCACGCGAUCGGCAGCGAUCCGCUGCAGCAGAACAUUUACGAGAACUUCAUGCGCGAGCUGGAGAUGAGCAGGACCGCCACGGAGCACGCGGAGACCUCCACUGGGACCCUGGACUCCAGCAGCGACUCCCUCAGCUCGCUGGAGCAGCUGGACGUGCUCUUUGAGAAGGAACAGGGGGUGGUCCGCAAGGCGGGGUGGCUUUUCUUCAAGCCCCUCGUCACCCUGCAGAAGGAGAGGAAGCUGGAGCUGGUGGCUCGGAGGAAGUGGAAACAGUACUGGGUGACGCUUAAAGGCUGUACCCUGCUGUUUUAUGAGACCUAUGGGAAGAAUUCCAUGGAGCAGACCAGUGCCCCAAGGUGUGCCCUGUUUGCAGAGGACAGCAUCGUGCAGUCGGUCCCGGAGCAUCCCAAGAAAGAGCAUGUAUUCUGCCUCAGCAACUCCUUCGGGGACGUCUACCUUUUCCAGGCCACCAGCCAGACGGAUCUGGAAAACUGGGUCACCGCCGUCCACUCUGCGUGCGCGUCGCUGUUUGCGAAGAGGCGCGGGAAGGAGGACACCGUGCGGCUGCUCAGGAGCCAGACCAGGAGUCUGCUGCAGAAGAUCGACAUGGACGGCAAGAUGAAGAAGAUGGCCGAGCUGCAGCUGUCCGUGGUGAGCGACCCCAAGAACCGCAAGGCCAUCGAGAACCAGAUCCAGCAGUGGGAACAGAAUCUGGAAAAGCUGCACAUGGAUCUGUUCAGGAUGCGCUGCUACCUGGCCAGCUUGCAGGGUGGGGAGCUACCGAACCCCAAGAGUCUCCUUGCUGCCGCCAGCCGCCCAUCCAAGCUAGCCCUCGGCAGGCUGGGCGUCCUGUCCGUGUCCUCCUUCCAUGCUUUGGUGUGCUCUAGAGAUGACUCUGCUCUCAGGAAGAGAACACUCUCCCUAAGCCAGCGAGGGAGGAGCAAGAAGGGCCUGUUUUCUUCCUUGAAAGGGCUGGACACCCUGGCAAGAAAGGGGAAGGAGAAGGAGAAGAGAGCUUCAGUGACGCAGAUAUUUGAUUCGAGUGGCAGCCAUGGAUUUUCUGGAACUCAGCUACCUCAGAACUACACUAACUCCAACGAGGUCCAUGAUCUGCACCUGUGUGGCUCUGCUGUGGACGGUGCUCCUCGAGACGGUGCGUGGGAAACCCUGACUUACGUCCACUUCCAGGAUCAUCAGGGAGUUACCGUCGCCAUCAAGCCAGAGCACAGGGUGGAAGAUGUCUUGAGUCUGGCAUGCAAGAUGAGGCGAGUGGAGCCCAGUCACUAUGGCCUUCAGCUCCGGCAGGUGGCCGGUGACGGCGCCCAGUGGCGCGUUCCCGCACUCUACGAAUCCAUGCGUGAGCAGGUUUAUGAUGAAAUACACGUUUUCCCACUCAGCGUGUAUGAUGUGCAGCUCACAAAGACCGGAAGUGUGUCUGACUUCGGGUUCGCAGUCACGGCGCAGGUGGACGAGCACCAGCAUCUCUGCCGGAUAUUUAUAAGCGACGUCCUCCCGGAUGGCUUGGCAUAUGGGGGAGGGCUGAGAAAGGGCAGUGAGAUCAUGACCCUGAACGGGGAGGCUGUGUCUGAUCUGGACCUGAAGCAGAUGGAGGCCCUGUUUUCCGAGAAGAGCGUUGGCCUCACUCUGCUUGUGCGGCCUGCGGACCCGAAACCCACACUGUGCGCCUCCUGGUCAGACAGUGACCUGUUCUCCCGAGACCAGAAAGGUCUGCGACCCUCUCCCAAACAGUCCCAGCUGCUGGAGGACUUCCUGGACAACUUCAGGAAGAGCCCAGCGAAUGAUUUCAGCAACGUCCCUGAUGUCACAACUGGUCUGAAAAGGAGUCAGACGGAUGGCACCUUGGAUCAGGUGCCCCACAAGGAGAAGCUGGAGCAGACUUUCCGGAGCGCCGAACAGAUAGCUGCCCUCUGCAGGGGCUUGAACGGCACGCAGACCGGCGGCAUGGAAGCGGCGCAGGAGGGCCAGGGCCCGCCUCCCAGGCCUCUGGCCCGGCACCUCUCGGAUGCAGACCGCCUCCGGAAAGUCAUCCAGGAGCUCGUGGACACGGAGAAGUCCUACGUGAAGGAUCUGAGCUGCCUCUUUGAGUUAUACCUGGAGCCACUUCAGAAUGAGACUUUUCUUACCCAAGACGAGAUGGAGUCCCUCUUUGGAAGCUUGCCAGAGAUGCUGGAGUUUCAGAAGGUGUUUCUGGAGACUCUGGAAGAUGGGAUCUCGGCCUCCUCAGAUUUUAAUGUACUGGAAGCCCCCUCACAGUUUAGAAAGCUGCUGUUUUCGCUGGGAGGCUCCUUCCUGUACUAUGCAGACCACUUCAAACUGUACAGCGGAUUCUGUGCCAACCACAUCAAAGUGCAGAAGGUUCUGGAGCGAGCCAGGACUGACCAGGCCUUCAAGGGUUUCCUGGAUGCCCACAACCCCACCAAGCAGCACUCAUCCACGCUGGAGUCCUACCUCAUCAAGCCCGUGCAGAGAGUGCUCAAAUACCCUCUUCUGCUCAAGGAGCUCGUGUCCCUGACCGACCGCGAGAGUGACGAGCACUAUCACCUCACAGAAGCACUCAAGGCCAUGGAGAAAGUGGCGAGCCACAUCAACGAGAUGCAGAAGAUCUACGAGGAUUACGGAGCAGUCUUUGACCAGCUCGUGGCGGAGCAGAGCGGCGCGGAGAAGGAGGUAACAGAGCUGUCUAUGGGGGAGCUUCUGAUGCACUCGACAGUUUCCUGGUUGAAUCCAUUUCUGUCUCUAGGAAAAGCCAGAAAGGACCUUGAACUCACAGUAUUUGUUUUUAAGAGAGCUGUCAUAUUGGUGUAUAAAGAAAAUUGCAAGCUGAAGAAGAAAUUGCCCUCAAAUUCCCGACCUGCACACAGUUCCGCCGACUUGGACCCAUUUAAAUUCCGCUGGCUGAUCCCCGUGUCUGCGCUUCAAGUGAGACUCGGGAACGCAGCAGGGACGGAAAGCAGUUCCUUAUGGGAGCUGAUUCACAGCAAGUCAGAGGUAGAGGGACGGCCCGAAACCAUCUUCCAGCUGGGCUGCCGUGACAGCGAGAGCAAAACCAACAUCGUGAAGGUGAUUCGUUCUAUCCUGAGGGAGAACUUCAGGCGUCACAUAAAGUGUGAGUUGCCGCUGGAGAGAACAACUAAGGAUCGCCUGGUGCCUCUUAAGAACCGAGUUCCUGUCUCAGCCAAAUUAGCUUCCUCUAGGUCCCUGAAAGUGCUCCGGACAUCCUCUAGCAGUGAGUGGCCCGGUGAGUCCAGCAAGGGGCUCUCCCUGGACUCGGAUGAGUGCAGCCUCAGCAGCGGCACCCAGAGCAGCGGUGGUCCGGCAGCAGAAAGCGGGCAGGACUGCAAGAUUGGGGUCCCCGGGAGGGACCCCCAGGAGAGCCUGGCAGAGUUUUCAGAUGGUCUCAUCAAAGAGAGCGACAUUCUGAGCGAUGAAGAUGAGGACUACCACCCCCCUCUGAGACAGGGCAGCCCUACCAAGGACAUAGAACUUCAGUUCCAGAGACUCAGAAUCUCCGAGGAGCCCGACGUGCCUGGCGUGGGGCCCGGCGAGGGCCAGAGGGGAGGGGAGCUGCCCAAGCUAGUCCGGGGCCACUUCUGCCCCAUCAAGCGAAAAGCCAACAGCACCAAGAGGGACAGAGGAGCUUUGCUCAAGGCACAGACUCGACACCAGUCCCUUGACAGCCAACCGGAAAAUGCCACCAUCGAUCUAAAUUUGGUUCUAGAGCGAGAAUUCAGUGUUCAGAGCUUAACUUCAGUCGUCGGUGAGGAGUGUUUUUACGAAGCCCAGAGCCAUGGCAAAUCAUAGGGUGACUUGUGCAGACGGAGGCUCUGUUGCGCAUCUACGUUUGAACUGCUGGAAACGUAGAUUUGGCAAGAAAACCGGCCCUCGUUGGGUUCUGUGCAGUGUACAUUGUCCCGGGAAAUCAUUGUAAAGAUUUAAGUUAUUUUAAUUUAUUGUAGAUCAGAAAACUAGACUAAGCUUGUCAGGAUCUGUAAAUUACUUAGUUAGAUCCCUUCUGAGCAGGUAUUGAUGAUUUAGGAUCCUUGUAAUAAAGUUGCCUUCUGGAUGUUUCAAGUUAUAUGGCACAGUAAGGUUAGGGAAUUUGUGCUUACUAGCUUCUAAAGGUAUUUUCCCCACUCCUUAAUCUUCUGGGCAUUUUCUUUGAACUGUUAAAUUUUUGCUUUAUUUAAAGCACGUUUAAGUUAUUUUAAUGUGAUUUAGGGGCACAAUGUGCAGGUCUUUCCUUUUUGUAGGGUAAUAGAUACUGUUUAUACAAACGUGUCAUAUCUAUGCAGUAUAUAGAUUAAAAGAGGCUUGUACUGUA